AUGUACAACACACUCUCUACACUUUUGACUUUCGCCUUGGUCGGCACGUCACUGUCUUCAGUUCUUCCUGUUACAGGACAUCAUGGGACACAAGCCGGGCCCAAGAAGAUGCUGCCGAUCAGGAGUAAUGACUUCAGCCACGGCUCUGGGCUUGCUCGUCGAGAUUCGGAGAAAUUCUCUGAUCUCGACUUUCAGACUCAGUCCCAACUCAUCUACGGGAGUCCAGGAGAAAAUGGCCAGGUGCUACUCGCCAAUAUGACUCUUUACGCCCCAGACGGGCUACAAAUUGUGACAAUGGAAAGAUUUGAACCUCUUACAAAAUCGGUCGACUGUAACGACGACGAUGGCCAAAUGUCAUUGACAUUCAAAUCCCAGGAUGCCUUUGACUACGCUCUUAAGACUUGGUCAACAAUCAACGAUAAUGAUGACAAGCGAUUCUUGCUGAUCGCAAACCACGAUGGAUGUGGCCCGGAUGACGAGAGACAGCCUUACAUUGUCAACAAAAUUACUGAAGACAAAGAAAGUCUGACAACCUUCUUGGCCGCGCAGCCCGCAUCAUGGCAGGACGUGGCUGGUACGUAUGACCUCGACUUUGGUCAAGCUGGGUCACAGAGCCACGAAAAUUCCAGAUUGAAGGAGAAAAGAUUUCUAGGGAUCGGCAAUUUUGGACCUUACAACCCAACAGGCACAUUCCCCGUCAAUCUUGGUGAACCAAACCAGAACACCAACAUUGCUAGCAGUGACAGCUUCAAGCUAGAUUGCACCAACUGCUAUGUUCAAGGAAGCUUUGUGAUCACCGGCCAUCUUGCCAUAAAGUCCUGGUCCUUAAGCGAUCUGUCAAUGGACGCUGCACCAAGUGGUUUCAACGCCAACCUUGGCUUGCAAGCAUCAGUCACUGCUUCGAAAGCGCUGCCAAUAGGGUACCAAAAACAACUCUUCAACUUCCCGAUCCCUAACGCUGGCAUUAAAAUCCCCGGGAUCUUCACGCUCGGAGCAACAGUCUCUUACGACAUCGGCGUCAACGCCAGCGUGCAGGGGGCCGCCAAAUUCGACUUCGGCCUUAAAGCCACCCUCCCCGACUCCGCUAAAGCCACUCUCGUCCUCGCAGGCGACGCACAGAGCGGCGCAAGCGGCUUCGACGGUGCCGUCGACCCUUACUUCAACGUGGACGAAAUCGACGCCGGCCUCACUAUCUCCGUAUCCUCCAUCCCUAAAAUAACCUUCGGUCUCGACAUCACGAAGAUCGGCAAAGCAGACGUCGGCAUCGGCCUCAGCCUGCCCACGCUCUCCGCCACCUUCGACGCGGGAUACAACGCCAACGGCUUCUGCGCAGACGACACCACGCACACGAAGACGGGGAUCAACAUCAGCACAUCAGCGACGAUCGCGGUGGACGCAGAAGCAGAGCUAGCAUUCGGGUCGGACGAGAGCAACGAUUCUCCGUCGUGGAGUAAAACGCUCUUUAGCAAGACAUGGCCCCUGCCCUUCACGAAAUGCAUCGGCAUCGUCAUCCCCGGCCUCGGUGGCGCCGGGUCGAGCUCCCUGCCGCCCACCAUCAGCCCCACGAUCAUCUCCUCAUCCCUGCUGCCUACGAGCCCCAUCCCCGCCUCCGCUAUCCCGACGGGUAAACCGGGUAAGAGCGUUGGCAAUUCGCUGUAUUUUCCCACCGGCGCGGGCGGGACGGGGAAGUAUCCCGUUCCGACUGGCUCGAAGCCGUCGGGGUACAGUUCUAAGCCAUCGCAUGCGCUACCUUCUGGCAUUUCCCCUUCAGGCGCCUCGGGCUUCUCUUCCCACUCCCAUCGUUCAACUUCAGCACCGUCUGCUGGUGGAGGUGGAGGUGGCUAUUAUAUCCCUAGUAAUGGACACGAGUCGAAGCCGUAUCCUACGCAUUCGAAGUCGGGUACGACGACGAAGAGCAGGCCUUCGGGCUCAGGGGGUGUUGCUCAGCCUACUACACUGACUAUGAGACGGAGGAUGUGA